GACAUUGUGGCGGCCACACUGCUUCUUUCGUCCCUGAACUGAACCUCGACCUCACGAAACGAGCGAGUGGUGACCGUGUUUGGGGUGAAUUUCUUGGUGCUUGUCGACCCGUGACCGCAUCUGAACCGCAGCCCGAACCUUCGUCCUUCUUCGCCCUUCCCGCAUCCGGGUUGGUGUUCGGCGACAUCGCGCCUGAAGCGGGCCAGCCCCGAUCCCGCAGCUCGUCUUCCCAUUCUCCUUCUGGGCCGUGAUUUCACGCGCCCGUUUCGUGUUGGCUGGCUGCCCGUGAGCAUGAUUUCUUACGCCCGUGUGGCUCGAGCUCACGAAGACCCGCACGCCACGGGACAAGUGGUGCCGGCCCAACCCGCCCCUGCUCCGCCCUCCGGUGAGCGGCUGGAUGAAGCCGGAUAUGAAGUCCAGGCCAAGAAAUCCAAGCGAGCCAAUCGGAAGAAUCGGAAGAAGAAGGGCGGAAAGCCCGAGGCCGACAAGACGGAGGCCGCUGGAAGUGGUACGGCCACAGGCGAGGCCGAAAAGUCGGCCAGCCCGCCGCCCGAGAUUAAAUACGUGGAAGCCCCGUUGCCCAAGCAAAACCCGUGGACGCGUGGCGCCACCCAAAGCCAUGCCACCGCCAGCCCGCCAGUUCCCGCCACUCCCGUCGUCGCAUCCGCACCCGUGGUGGCCGCGCCGCCCGUGGUUCCGGUCGUGAAGAGUGGACCCAAGAAGAUGGCCCCCGCCCCGGCGGUACCCAUGCAAUAUGCGGAUGAAAAGCUCUGGCCGACACUUGACUCGGAAAAGGGCGACGAAAAUGAGGAAAAUUUGGGCGACAGUCACAGAAACACUCAAACUGCGUCCCAGAUGACUGCCCCCGCCACCACUUCGGCCGCUAUAACCGAAAGUGCCAAAAGGAAAGAAAAAAAAGAUAAAUGGGUGCCAGUGGAUAUCACUAUCACCACCAAACGUCCACCGAAGAAUUCGGGAGGGUCCAAGACUGCCCCGGCUAAUGUUAAACCGCCAACUAAUCCCAAAGCCCCUCGAGAAGAAGUGGCCAAAGGAUCUAACCGUGCUCGGGGCUCGGGCGGAUCCCGCAGCCAUAGGACCGCUAACGGCAGUACGGGCCCUCGAAAUGGAGCAGGAUAUUCAGGUCGUUGGGGUGGCAGUGGGAAACGCGGUGGAAAAGGCUCAUUCCAAUCGGGAGAAGAUCAAUUCCGAUUUGCCUUGCCCUCCGGUAGUUUUAAUUUCUCGGCCAUCGGCGAUGAGUUAGCCUUUGUCACGCCCAUUGUGGGCUCCAUGUUUGUGGUGGAUGAAGCCUCUGGUGAAGCUGUCGCUCCUCUGUUUGACACCAAACUUCAAGAUUUGGUCCGGAAACAGAUUGAAUAUUACUUCAGCGAAGAAAAUUUACGCAAGGACAUGUUCUUGCGGCGAAAAAUGGAUGCCGAGGGAUAUUUACCCAUGUCUCUCAUUGCAUCCUUCAACCGUGUACAAGGCCUAACCCAAGAUCUUCCUUUUAUCAUUGAAUCAUUAAAUACGUCCAAGGUGGUUGAAGUCAAGGACGGUAUCAAGGUUCGCACUAAGUUGAAUCCGUUGACUUGGCCCGUGAAUGAUGGGCCCGAUGUGGGAAAGAGUUCUUUAAAUCCGCCUCGCAACGUCUUUUUGGACCCCACCGUGCCCGAAUUUAAUCCGGAAGAUCCCGCCGGCUCUGUGGCUGCCGUUAUAACUGCUCCUUGGGUGGAGGUAAGAAAGAAGAGUCGUGACGAAAAGACUCCUCCUAAAACCACCAACACCCCUUCGACGAAGACCAAGACCAAGCUUUUCAAAGAGGCCAAGUCCGUUCCUGAAAGCCGUGUUGAUAAGUCCAAUAAAGAGGAAUUGGACUUCAACUUUGAUGAAGACUUGGAUCUUCCACUGGGCAGACACAAUAAUUUCUCAUCAGAUCUAAACGGAGAUGAUUCGGAUUAUGACGAAUUGAGCGACGGAGAGAUAGGGAAGCUGCUGAUUGUCACCCAAACGCCAAACCGACCCAAGAAACAUGAGGGUUUUGAUCGGACAAGUGAUCCUCUCUCGAAAGUGAAAAUGUCCCAAGAUUUGGCGGAAGUGAUCAACGACGGAUUAUUCUAUUAUGAAGAGGAUCUGUGGGCGGAUGAUGAUGGAAGGUCUUGGAUUGAAACUGGAGAAAACAAGAACGUGAGUGUGAUCAGCCAAGAAAGCUUUGAAAAGCUCAGAACCCCCGACGCCAAAGCCAAAGGCGAUGUCAGCCAACUCAACAAUACCUCGGAAUUGGACCAGUCUUUGGAUGGGACAUGUCCUCUUGAUAUUUCACACGAUGCCCACAAUUCAAGUCACGCUCGAAGGAUACGCAACACUCCUCGGUUCUACCCAGUCACCAAAGAUCCCGGCGAGUUCAAAGAGGGCGUGCCAAGGAAGCGGAAGACGAGACACAGUCGGAACCCGCCAGUGGAGAAUCACGUGGGUUGGAUUCUGGACUCCAGAGACCACACCACGGGCCGCCGACCAUCCAUAUCAGAACAGUCCAUCGCUGAAAGCGUGGGUAGCAGUUGUGGCACACCUUCCUCACUUCCUGCCUUCCAUCACCCUUCUCAUUCCUUACUCAAGGAAAAUGGAUUCACACAGCUCGAGUACUCGAAAUAUCAUUCAAGGUGCCUCAAAGAAAGGAAGAAACUUGGUAUCGGCCAUUCUCAGGAAAUGAACACCCUCUUUCGGUUUUGGUCGUUUUUUCUGCGAGAAAAUUUCAAUCGCAAAAUGUAUGAAGAAUUCAAGACUCUAGCCCUCGAGGAUGCUGCCAUUGGAUACAGAUACGGCUUGGAAUGCCUAUUCCGAUUCUUCAGUUAUGGCUUGGAACGCAAAUUCCGCCCCGAGCUCUUCAAAGAUUUCCAAGAAGAAACCUUACGUGAUGUGGAUGUGAACCAAUUGUACGGAUUGGAGAAGUUCUGGGCAUUCAUGAAAUAUUACCGACACGCUGGAGAGCUUCACGUCACUCCCAGGCUCAAAGAUCUCUUGCUUCAAUACCGCACCAUCGAAGACUUCCGGGUUUCGGAUGAUGGUCGUAAGCGUUCGCGAAACCCGUCUGAUUCGGAAUCACACACGACGCAAACUGUCCGGCGAUUCCGGACGGCUUCCGAAGGAGACAAGUUCAUAGUCUCUCAACGACCUCAUUACGCGUCGAGACAAUCAUUUAGUAGCAAGCAGAAACCGGGCGGCAGCAAGCACUAGAAUGACACUACAAUGGUAAUAAUAAAUAAUGAAGAUGAAGAAGAAACCGACAUCGCAACGGGGAUGUUCAUGAUUGACAGCAUCUAAACGAAAACGUGUCAUUGCCACACAUCACCAUGAUUCAAGAAGAAAAUAAAUAUGUACCCUUUUUGACAUUAUAAUAAUACACACAAAAAACCUACAAGCCAAGUACUGUACCUACCCUCAAGAACUACUACCGACCGCUAUUGUUACUACUACCACUUCUGCUACUACAAUUACUAAUAACUAUCCCCCUGUCAACUUUUCCUAUUCCUCCUUUCCUCUUACUCUUAUCAAUAUAUUACGAUUACUUUUGAAUUGCGAAAGUGGCCAAGUGUUCUUCCGUCUAUCCGCCUUCUUUUGAUAUAUGCAUUUAAGAUCAUUGCCGUCUAUCGUGUGUAUAUAUAGAAAAAUAUAAAUCACUUGCCUUA